AUGCGUUCCAGUUUUCUCGUUCCGUUUAGUCUCCUUGUGCUCCUUGAUGGCAUCAGUGCAACGCGGCUGGCUCUGCAGGGCAGGGCGUCCCCCGAGCUACCAGCGCUUCUUCGCCGUGGAAUGCUUUCUGGCCAGGUCACUAGUCUUAACGAUUCCGGAAAUAUCAACCAUUAUGCCAAUAUUUCAUUGAACGGAAAGACGUAUGAAACGGCGAUUGAUACUGGAAGCUCUGAUUUAUUCGUGACAUCUGCUGUCCCGAAUGCAACCGAUGAACACUACAAUGCAACCAUCAGUUAUGCAUCUGGGGGCGCAACGGGAGAAGUGAAGGCUGCAACAUUAGAAUUUGCAGGUUUCGAAAUACCCGACCAAUUCUACAUCGAAGCACAAAACAUAUCGUCGGGCUUCGCGGGCACAGGGGGACUCAUUGGUCUUGGUCCUAGUCAGGGCUCUGUUGUGCGCCUCGAGGGCAACAGCUCUGCUGCAGACACUCCCUUGGACAGGAUAUUCCGUCAAAAUACUUCGACACCCAACUAUCUGUCUGUUCUUCUUGGGCGAUCAGAUGAUCCCGACGAUCCAUACCCUGGAGAUUUGACUAUCGGGGAGCCACUUCAAAAUUACACCGAUAUUCUCAAACAGCCAAGACUGAACGUCACCGUCUCCUCUGUUAACGAAUUCCAACACUGGCAGACAUUGCUUGACAAGAACGGUAUCAUAGGCCCUGACGGAAAGGCUAUUCCUAUCACUUCUCAGGUUAACCACAGUAUCGAUCCUAGCAGGGCAACGGUCAUAUUUGACACUGGUUUCACUUUACCACAAGUGCCUGGAUAUGUUGCCAAAGCAAUCUAUGGCGGUGUCAAUGGAUCUUACCUCUACAAUAUAUCAGGAAUCGGCGAAAUUUGGAUUCUUCCAUGCAAUGAAGAAGUCAAUGCUACUUUCCUCUUCGCUGGUGUCCAAUACCCUAUCCACCCACUUGACCUGAACUUUGGGAAAGGCGAGUUAACGGGUGUUGUCCCCAAUGGUGCUGAGAUGUGUGUAGGAGCGUUCCAGCCAUUCUCUUUUGACCCUCGCAUUAACGACGAGGUUAUCUACGACAUGAUCUUAGGCAUGGCAUUCUUGAGAAACGCGUACCUGCUUGUCGAUCUCGGUGAUUUCAUCGACGGAUCAAACUCUACGACUGCCGCGCCUUACAUCCAGCUACUGUCCGUGACCAACGCCACCGAAGCAAGCCAAGAAUUCGCUCAGCAGCGGCAGAAUGGGACAAGCGCAGGCGACCUCAACGCCUCCGACGCUCUCGAGACUGAUUCUAGCAGCUUGAUCACCACACACACAGUGACGAAGAGCACGAUCAAGAUGGCGGCUUGGGUGAUUGCUGUGAUCGUUGCAGCUGUCGUGGUCGCCUUCUUGCUGCUUGGGAUUUGCUGCUUCUGCAUUUGUAGGAAGCGUGGUAAGCGGUCGAAGGGUGCUGCUACUUCCGCAUGGCCCGCUGCUGUUCCUGUUUGGUCUGCUGCCCCUCCAAGCUACCGUUCGCUACAGGACCCACUGGCAGCUCCCCAAGCACAUGAUGAGAUGCACAAGAACCCUAAUUCAGCUCCAGCCGUCUACGCUCCAGAGCAGCAGUAUAAUACCGUAUGGGACCGGCAUGUUUAG